GCGGCGACGGCCACCGGAAGCCCGGCCACCAGGAGCGGCGCCCGCUUCGACUUCGACGACGGCGGCGCGUACUGCGGGGGCUGGGAGGGCGGCAAGGCGCACGGCCACGGCAUCUGCACGGGGCCCAAGGGGCAGGGCGAGUACUCGGGCUCGUGGAACUCGGGCUUCGAGGUGGUGGGCGUCUACACGUGGCCCAGCGGCAACACGUACGAGGGCUACUGGGCGCAGGGCAAGCGGCACGGCCUGGGCGUGGAGACCAAGGGGCGCUGGGUGUACCGCGGGGAGUGGACGCACGGCUUCAAGGGCCGCUACGGCUCGCGGCAGAGCGCGGCUAGCGGCGCCCGCUACGAGGGCACCUGGAACAACGGGCUGCAGGACGGCUACGGCACCGAGACCUACGCGGACGGCGGAACUUACCAAGGCCAGUUUACCAAUGGCAUGCGUCAUGGAUAUGGUGUCCGUCAGAGCGUGCCCUAUGGCAUGGCAUCCGUGGUCCGCUCUCCUCUCCGAACCUCCCUUUCUUCCCUCCGUAGUGAGCACAGCAAUGGCACGUUGCCCCAACAGGACUCCCCAGCAGCUAACCAGGAAAGCAUCCCCAUGUCCCCCACUAUCACUCGGGGAGGCUUUGCCCUCAGCCUAUAUUCAGAUGCUGAAGUUGGCAAGCCGAAGAAAGGGGGCCUCUUCAGACGGAGCUCUCUGCUGGGGAAGCUAAAGAAAUCUGAAUCCAAGACGUCUUUGGCCAGCCAGAAGAGCCGAAUCAGUUUCCUCAAGAGUGAGAGCGGCAUUAGCUCUGCCGCCAGUGAUGCUACCUCCACUGUCAGCUUGGGAGAGGGGGCGGAAGGCGAAGAGUUCCCACCCUUUGAGUCGGACAUUGAUGCUACCACCACGGAGACCUACAUGGGUGAAUGGAAGAAUGACAAGCGCUCAGGUUUUGGGGUGAGUGAGAGAUCGAGCGGCCUGAAAUAUGAGGGUGAGUGGCUGGACAAUCUGCGGCACGGCUACGGCUGCACCACAAUGCCUGAUGGCAAGAAGGAAGAAGGCAAGUACAGGUAUAAUGUCCUGAUCAAGGGUAUGAAGAAGCGAGUGAUACCUCUGAAGAGUGCCAAGAUCAGGCAGAAGGUGGACAGGAAUGUGGAGGGGGCCCAGAGGGCAGCAGCCAUCGCCAGACAGAAAUCUGAGAUCGCAGCUUCCAGAGCCCCACAGACAGCAGCACCCCAGCGGCUCGGAGGACAGACAGACUUCUACAGGACUGCCCAUGCAAAAGCCAAGGCAGAAGGAGCUGAACAGGCAGCUCAGGCUGCUAACAAUGAAUCAAGCCUAGCAAGGAUGAUGGCCAGGGAGCUCUCACCAGACUUCUACCAGCCAGGCCCUGAGUACCAGAAGAGGAAGCUGCUCCAGGAAAUUAUGGAAAAUGCUGAGAACAUUGUAAACAUGGAAGAGGAAGUACCACGCAAAGAAGGACCUCCACCUCCUUCAACCCCCCGUGAGAGCCCUCAGCUGCAUGAGAAAGACACUGCCCACCACAAGGAGAGUCCUGUCCAGACACCAUCGCCGGGUCCGGCUGGUACAUCCCCAGCAGCAAAGCAGGCUAAGCAAAGUUCCCAGAAGGAUGGCUUUCUCAGCCCUGGCAGCUGGAAUGCCAGUCAUGGGGGAAGUAGGCCCAAUACACCAUCCAAUGCACUCUUGGCACACGGGGAGAAAUCAGCAACCAAUGGCAGACCUGCAUCUCGGAGCCCCAGCCGGCACAGCAACGUGAGGACUUCGACAGACCAGAUGGAGAUCAAACCCCUCCAGAGGAUAACAAAAGAACCUGAUGUUGAAUUAUACCAAGGCUAUCACAGCUAUGCCGUGAGGACCUCCCCGGUCACUCCACCCCUGGACUAUGAGGAAGAGCCAUUCCCUGAGCCCAAAUCACCUACCAAAUCAGGCUCUCCAGAACCAAGAGCUGAAAGGAGGGCUGUUGAACACAAAGCAGAACCCCAGAGGCAAGGGGGGACACCCAUCAUGCAGCAGGAGCCAGCACAUGAAGAGAAACCUGUGCCCAAAGCAGAACCGAAACCAGAGCAGCACAAGCCAGAGCCCAAGCAUAAAGAGCCGAAGCAGCACCAUCCACCUGAGCACAAGGUUGCCACAAAAACAGAACCUGUAACUGAGGCCAAGGCUGAGCGAAAGACUGAAACCAAAGCUCUGGCUAAACUUGAGCCUAAGGUGGUAACUAAACAGGGACCUCCUGAAGCAGAGGCACAGGAAGCGGAAGAAUUUGAAGAGGGACCUAACACAAUCAUGAUCUGCAUGGUCAUCUUACUGAAUAUUGGUCUGGCCAUCUUAUUUGUACAUUUUCUGACAUGAUGUGCCCCUCAGACAAGAACAGGCAUUGUCACUGAUGGAAUCCACAGACCUUAGCAGGGAUUAGACUUGCGACCCAGCGGAAACAUCUAAGAGGACGUUAGUACCUCAGGUUCCACUGCAAACAUGAACCUAAAAAGAAAGUUUCUGCUAGCCUCAAUGCUCUCAAUUGGCGGCCAGCUUCUUUGGUCCAUCAAGAAGAAGCCUGGAUUUCUGCAGCCCAUCUUCGCUCUUUCCUUUAUAUGAACAAGCCGUUGCCUUAAAGUGUCCUCACCAAAGUCAUCAGCUACUCUACAGUGCCAAGGAAGGGGAAUUUUUCUGUAGUUGUAGACCCAUGAAUGAGAACUCUCUUUCAUGCACUCAAGUGCCCUGUGUCUUUUGACUCCCUUGGUUGCCUCAAUGUAAUUUAUUUCCCAAAGAAUAACAGUGAAUACAAGGAGAUAAUGUAGUGUUCAUGAUAACCAUGAGUACGCCUAAUCGCCAUGCCACGGAGGGAUAUUCAAACAAGUCCCCCAAACCCAAGAGUAUUAUGUCUCUUCUAUUAGCAAAAGCCUCAGGCCACUUCCUCUGCUGUUACAGAAUUCUAGUUAAAUAGCUAAGCAUACUGAUAAGGUCUUGACCCCAAGUGAAGCAAGGAACUUCCUAUAGAAAGCAUAUCCUUCAGGGAACCCAUGCUAGUGAUGUCCUAACACCUAAGUUAUCACCCCAAGUGAUGAAUGCAAAUUGUUUCCUCUCCUAUCUUCUAUAAUCAUUUCCUGCUUAAGGGCAACUGAAACUGGACUGCAUAAAAUGCAAGCAAACUCGAUCCAGAUGCCUGGAUUGCACAUGAUGCUGCUGGAGAACCAGUAAGCAGGGUGCACUCGUUUGUUCAUGUUUGACGGAUCGGCCAAUCUGAGGGCUUUCACUUGAGCAAGGAGUGCUGCAAAUGCUAGUAGAUGGAGACUGUGUCCAUUUAAGGGCUAAGCAGCGUCCAGACACCCUCUUGUUGCCAAGAGUUGUCUGUGUAAUUAAAGAAGAUCAUCUAGCAGCAGAUUACUCCACAGCUAUAACUUGAGAUGAAAUAGAUGUGCUGAACUCCUUUUCUUUAACACAGUGAAAAUGGUGGAAGUUUCUAUUACAGUGAGUGAUUUACCUGGUGCCAUCUUUAGGUAUCACCAGUUCCUUCCCCUUCUAAAUCCUGGCAUGUAGGCCUGGCAUCCCAGCAUUGUUAGUCCAGUGAAACAAAUAUGUGUGAACAAAUGCUCAAAUAUAUGUAUGAAACUAUUACAAUAAGAGGCCAGUUUAUUCAUGAAAAAAACAAAGCUGAGGAACUCAAUAGACUCCAGUGUAUCUGGCGCUGUGGCAGAAAAAUACACGGAAUACAGGCUUUGACCAGCAGUAAAAUAAAGAGGGAAUAAUGCUAGACCUUAUUCUGGUGUCCUAAAGUUAAAUGCCUUGGGGAUACACAAGAGUCUUUAUAAAGAGCUACAAACUGACUACAAAAGGGCUACAUCCCUUUGGAAUGAGACACUUCCACCAUGAUACUUGUGACUGUUAUAGUGCAAGGAUAAAAAGUCAGCACAGAUGAAGUUACAGUUUAGUGUAAAACUGAGUGCUCAGAUAUUUCUUCCUUUUUAAAAGCAAUAUGCAUUUUGUAUCCAUUUUUGAAGGUAAUGAAAACUUGUAUUUAUAGUCAAUUGUGCACCUCACUGUAUACUGAAGUCCCACGGGGGGUGGGGCAGGGAGGGGGAAAUGAGAGAAUGUGAAGAAUGAGGGGGAAAUGAUGUUUAAGUGGGGGGAGAAACAGUCAUUUCCAGUUACCAAACUGUAAGGAGUUUAGAUAGGGUGUGGCAGAUGUUGAAGAGCUUAGUACAGAUUAGAGACAUGAAGGUAACAAUUCUGUGUGGUUUUGGUAUAAUUUAUCAGUUGUUGAAGUUAAAAUUGUGAUGUAGAGCAGUGGUUCUCAAACGUCUUUGUACCAGGACCCAUUUGUAAAUAUUGGUGGCCAGUCCCGACCCAGUGCCCCGCACUCCCUACCCACUGCCCCCAGACUCGAGGCCCCCAGUCCCCAGUGUGUGGGAUUGGGGUGGCGGGGGGUCCCCCAGUCCCCAGUGUGUGGGACUGGGGUGGGGGCGGCAUUAGGAUCCCAAGCAGCCCCUAGCAAGCUGGAGCUCUGCCAGCCUGCAAGGAAAACCCGUGGUUUCCCACGUUUGUCUCCUUUACAGGAGAAUCCAUUUUAAAAGUUUGUUUGUGACCCAUUCAUAGAUUCUUGCGACCCACGUUUUGGUCGCAACCCAUGGGUUGAGAAAUGCUGAUAUAGAGGAGUGACAGUAAUUCUUUUCUCUUUCCUCUUUUUCCCUUUUCUUUUUUGAACCAAGUUUAUUUUAUAAUGCUAGUUAGCUCAGGAACGUUGCCACAGUAGCAAUUACAUGAUAUUAACUGGUGAAAGAGAAGAGAAUUUGAACCCUUUCUUGAAUCCACAUGGCUGUAUCAGUCCUGAGAGAGCUGUCCGGCAUGUCUUAGGACUUCCAUGGGACACAGUAGUAGGAAUUUGCUUCCUUUUUUCUUUUUCCUAAUUAUAAAUGUAUUGUAAACACCAGGCUCAGUUGCCUUGACAUUUUAUGCUCUGUUUGCUGGCAGUCAGUGGUCAGCUGCACAGCUUCAGUAUACCAGCUGCUUUUUAUAACCACAUAUAUGAUUACCUUUGGGAGACCUAAGAGGCCUUUAUCUAUCACAGAGCACAAAACUGAUCUUUUCAAAAAUCCUAAGGCCAUUUCUCCCCCAGUUUUCUAUGCAUGUGAUGUGCACUCAGCUAUGUGCCUUGCUCCUAAUAAUGUUGUGAGAAAAGUAGGUAGAUUUGCUUUUAUGUGACACAUAUAUAAAUAUAUCCAUAUUUGCAUGUGGAUGUAUGUAUAUAUACAAUAUUAUAGCUCCUUAGGGAUUUUGUUUCCUUAGAUGCAGAGUAACAGAUUUACCUCAAACUGCAUGCUUUCCAAGCUGACUAAGAUAUGUUGUUAAACUUUUCAGGUCUUACGAAGCUACAAAUAUAUUUCACUUGUCACAAGGAACACCUUCACCCCAGGUUUUGCAAUCUGUGUACUACAAUCUGUGUAAUGCUGUCCAGAAUUUUCUGUCAAUUGUUUUGCUGGAUUACGUGCAAUAAUAAACAGUUAUCUGCUCA